CCGGAGCGCGGCGGCGGACACCGCGGUUGGACAGCGUGCGAGGAGAAUGGCAUCAGCAAGAAAAGCCAGCCACUCUGUGCCUGACAUGUUUGGUGACUUCAGUGAUAUUUCCUUAGAAGAUUCAAAAAUGGAAGCAAUCAGAAACUUACAAAUCGGACAAAUUGGCAGAAGUCUUAGCAAAAUAACAGCCAGUGAGAGCAGGUUCCUGAAAAGAAACCAAACAGUGGGUGAGAGACACCUAUUCCCGAAAGAGAGCCCCAUCCUGCGGGGUGGGCCCAGGCCCUCCUCAGGCCGGAUCCCGACCACUGCCUCCCAGAUCCGGGCAAGUGCCGCACUUCUGAAGCUGGCCCAGAUAGAGACCAAGAUCAGGAACCGCAAGGCGCAGAGGGGUUUGUCAGAUGUGGAGUCUGAUGUGAAGACCUCUGACACUAGCCUUCCAAAGGGGGCCGAGGAGGUCCCCACCAGGAGUACAGCUGAACUUUCUUCGCAGAACACAGGCAAAACUUCCCAGAAAUAUGCCCGUGAAAUCCCUGCUGCUGAGAGCCAGGCACAGAGCGGGAAGGGCAGCAGGUUCCUCAAGAAGAAAGAGCCGCCUGCUGAAAAUAUCUCUCCUGAAGCAUGUUUUGGGAAAAAACUCAAUUUUUCAACACCCAAGGAGAAAGAACCUGCUAGAACAUUUGACUCUCCAGACAGUGAUGAAGAGGAAAUGAAAAAGUUACUGGGAAGCUUGAUGGAAUCUUCUAGAGAAAAAGAAACACAUAUAAAUCAGGGUUUCACCAGCACUAAAGUCAGUGAGAAAAAGCAAAUGGAACUCUUCUCUUUGGAUCAGAUCCCAGCUCGGCCACGAGGUCUGUCUCUACCCAGUGAGGAGCUUCCCAGCCCCAGGCCAUUCCGGAAGCCACGUCCACCAACAUCACGGUCAGGCAGCAGGACCCCUGUCCGCAUCCGCUCCAGAACAUCCUCGCCGCAGACCCCUGAUUCUGGCGGCCCAGCGUCCCGUGCGUCAGUGCUCUCAGCCACAGGCACCUCGUCCAGGUGCCCCAAGCUCCCUUCCUCCCUUGGAAGGAGUGAGGCUGGGCCCUUGGAGGAGGAGUCGCUCUCUGAAACUGCCAGUGACAGCCUUGAUUUUAGAAUCAAUAUUCUGUCCCUCGAUGACUUGGCUCCGGCCAUCAGUGAGAGGCCAGACCUGGAACAGGAAGGAGAAGAUGCUCGGCGGGAAAAGCCGUCUAGCCCAGGCUCACAGGCAGAAGGGCCCGCCAGGCAGGGGUUGCCAAGACGUGUCCGGGCCUGGAGCAUGGCGUCCUUGGACAGCAAGGAGGGCCCCCCCACUGAGAGUGAGGUCUCUGAGUGUCUGAGCACCGGGCAGCGGGGCGCAUCCAGCCAGCCACCACUGUCUCGAGACCCCUCAGUGAGCACUGUGAGCUUGGCAUCUCUGGAUGGCCAGGAGGACCUCCCCACUGUGAGUUCGGCCUACUCAGAUGACUUUGAGGCAUCACCAGGCCUGACUGUCUCUGAGCCCACAGGCUGCUCAGAGGCGUCUCUUGACAGGACGUCAGAGACCCUGUCGGAGUCUUCUUCGAGUUGGGAAGGGGACCAUCCCCUACAAACUCCCAAGGCCAGCCAAAAGCAGGGCCAGGAUGUGGUAAGAGUGAUUGUGAAGGAGAUGGCCGUGCAGACUCCCGAUCCUGCCUUCACCUACUGGUGGGCCGAGGCAGCCGGUGUGGCGGCCAUUAGUCCUGUUCUGGGAGGCGCCUGUGUGGACCCCACGCCCAUCGCCAGCCAUGUGGUCAGCGCAGAUGCAAUAGAAGCCCUGACAGCUCACAGCCCAGCUGUGUUUGCGCUGAAUGAUCUGCUGAAGCAGCAGCUGGCCCUGACGCAGCAGUUCCUGGAGGCCAACCGGCACCUGCAUGCCUCGCUCCUGGCAUCGCUGGACCAGGACACGUUCCACUACCACACCUUGGAGGAGGCCAAAGAGUACAUCCAGUGCCACAAGCCAGCCCCGCUGACCCUGGAGGAGGCCUUGGAGGAGGUACAGAAGGAGCCAUGAGCACAAGAAGCCGCCCACUCCUUGUCUGCCAGAGCACGCUGCAGAGAAACACGCAGGGUUUAAAAAGUAAGUUCUUUAAAAAAAAUCUUUAUUUGAAGGCAAAACAGUAAAAUUCACGAACUGUUAACAGCACGUUUAUGUAUUAUCCUGAAUCAGACACUUUCAAACUAUUCACAGCUACAGGAAAUCUAAAACAAAAUCAAAUGUUUUAUCCCAUCAGGGUCAAAAGUUGGAGAGGUUUUGUAUCUUAUUGAAAAGAAUUUUUCAAAAACGGUUUCUGUACAAACAGCAC